UGUCAUGGCGGCGCCCGGUGGAAGCUCUGUCCUUAAUCCAGGGGCUCUGAAUACCCCACCGGCCCCCGGUGAUGGGACCUUACAGUACAGCCUGAUUCUAGAGCACCUAGUCGGGGAUAAGAGGAGACCUAAAGAAAUGAUUCCUGGAAGUCUGGGGGGGAUCCCGACCCCUAUAAAACCCGAUGAGCAGAAGAUGAUGGAGCGUGUGAUGGAGAGCUGUGGGUUCAAGGCUGCCCUUGCCUGUGUGGGCGGUUUUGUCCUUGGGGGAGCUUUUGGGGUGUUUACUGCUGGUAUUGAUACCAAUGUUGGUUUUGAUCCAAAAGAUCCUUACCGCACUCCAACUGCUAAAGAAGUUCUAAAAGACAUGGGUCAGAGAGGAAUGUCUUAUGCCAAAAACUUUGCUAUUGUGGGUGCCAUGUUCUCCUGCACCGAGUGUCUGGUGGAAUCGUAUCGGGGAAAGUCAGACUGGAAAAACAGUGUGAUCAGUGGAUGUAUAACAGGGGGAGCCAUUGGGUUUAGAGCUGGUGUGAAAGCUGGAGCCCUCGGAUGUGGCGGCUUUGCAGCGUUCUCCGCUGUCAUAGACUAUUAUCUGCGAUAGCAGCUUUGUGCAGCCUGGUGGUGCUGCUUCUCCAUGGACAGCUUACUGGUGUUCACCGACAGAUCCACUGGUGACUGAUUCCCAAAUGUAGCCACAGCAGCUCACAUUUAUGUCCUCAUGGAGCUUUUGGUAUUUGGCAGCUGCGGGAGUCCGUAUUCCUUUGGCCUACUUUAAAACCUCAUUGUAUGAGAGGAAAUUUCUAGCAGGAAAGACAUUCCAUCCAAUUAAACCGGCAAUUAAGAAAAUCCCAAGAAAGACCUCAGUGAAACUAGAAACGCCUAUGUAGUAAGGAGCGGUUGUGAUCUUCACUCCCGAACUGCGGUGUGUUUCUCUUCCAAUCUCCACUACAUGUGAAAUAUACAGGAAAUUAUAUAAUUUAUUUAAAGAGUCUCUACAGAAAUAUUGGAAUCCUUUAUUGUGUUAUCUUGUGCUCAUGCGUACAAUUUUGGGCUUUGGAAUGUAAUGGAACAUCUUUGUUCUUGGUUUGAUGCAUUCUGGUGCCCCUGUCCGUGAACUGGUCCAAAGCCAGGAGGGUAACUCCCAGAUUUCACAGUCUUGUGAUGAUAGCCAUUUCCAUGUUGUUCGUAAAAUCUAACUGAAAUGUGGAUUACUGUAUAACACAGUACAAAAUAAAGGAUGAACCACUGUGAUGGGGUCAAAA